UUUCUCCACACCCAUCAAUUGCAGAUUUCUAAUCUAAAAAGAAGAAAAAUGGCUCUCUCUGGUAAGAUGGAAGCUGAUGUAGAAAUAAAAGCAUCUGCUCAAAUAUUUCAUGAUUUAUUGGGUGGCAGACCACACCAUAUGCCUAACGCUACUGAAAAAUUGCAAAGCUGUGAAUUGCAUGAAGGCGAAUUUGGCAAACAUGGCUCUGUUGUCUACUGGAAUUACGUCCAUGAAGGAGUACCUAAGGUGGCAAAGGAAUUAGUAGAAUUAGAUGAUGCGAACUUGACCACUACUUACACAGUGACCGAAGGAGACCUUAUGAAGGAAUACAAGGCUUUCAAAUUUAUUGCUAAGGCUACACCUAAGGCUGAGGGCUGCACUGUUCAUUGGACCAUUGAAUAUGAGAAGCUGAAUGAAAAUAUUCCUGAACCUCAUUCUAUGCUUGAAUUUGCGGUCCAUCUUUCCAAAGACCUCGAUGAACAUCUGGCCAAAGCUUAGGCUUCCACUCUGAAGAAUCGGUUAAGCAUAUUAUAACUAGAAUAAACUGUGCGCUAGCUGUUAUCUGCUGCUCGAUUGCACACUCGCGAGUAUCGUUGUAUUGAAUAUUUUAGUACGUGUUUGUGGGUAUUUUUAUGUACCAAUAUCUUAAUGUUGUGAUGUUUUAAUAAAAUCCGUUCUGUGUGUUCGUAUAUUGAAAAGUAAUUUUCUGUAUUUGUUUUGAA